CGGACUUCGUCGUGGCCGCACCAAAAUCCCCAGCCCUCCCCACUCCCCGCCGGCCGCCGCCACCAUGCUCCGCCUCCAAAAACAUGUCCUUCCCCCCCACCGCUCCACCUCCCCCAUACACCUCUCCCUCCAGCGCGCCCUCCUGUCCAUCGCCGCAGCCGCGGCCUCCUCCUCCCCGAGCCACUUCGCCGCGGAGAACUACCUCGUCACCUCCUGCGGCCUCACCCGGGAGGAAGCCGCAAAGGCCGCCAAAUGCUUCUCCCACCGGAAAUCCCCCGCCAACGCCGACGCCGUGGUCGCCUUCCUCACCGGCCCGGCGCUCGGCCUCUCCAAGGCUGACAUCGCGCUCCUUGUGACCAAAGACCCGCGCAUCCUCAACAGCAGCGUCGACAACAACCUGCGGGCCCGCUUGGACGGCUUCCGCAGUCACGGCUUCUCCACCGCGCAGAUCCGCAGCUUCGUCCGCGUCUCCCCCUACGCCUUCCGCGCCUUCAACGUCGACGAGAAGCUCGGCUUCUGGAUGUCUUUCCUUGGCUCGCCCGACAGGCUCCUCCGCAUCAUCAAGCGUAACAACCGCCUCGUCUUCUCCGACCUCGACAAGGUGGUCAAGACUAACAUCCGGCUCCUUCAGGAGCGCGGGUUUUCUGUUCAGGACAUCAACAAUAUGUGCGUGACCAACCCGAGGCUGCUCACCUGCAAGCCGGACGUCACCAGGGCCGUCCUCGUGCGCGCCGACGAGCUCAGCGUGCCGCCCAACUUGCCUAUGUUCAGGUAGGCGGUGAGCACCGCAGCGGGCCUCGGCCCCGAGACGAUGGCCUCAAAGCUCAAGAUGAUACGCAAGACGCUCGGGUGCUCCGAUGCUGAGGUUGAAACAAUGGUGCAAAAGAACCCGAUGGUGCUGAUGACCCCCAGCGAGAAGCUUCAGCGUGUGUACGAGUUCUUGACCAAGGUGGUUGGAGUUGAUGCCAAGUACAUCCAGGGCAGGCCCACCAUUCUGAUGUACAGCCUGGAGCGCCGCCUGGCACCCCGGAAUUACGUGAUGAAGGUGCUCCAGGAGAAAGGAUUGAUCCGGAAAGAUUUGAGCUUCUACUCGAUUGUUACAGUUGGUGAGAAGACGUUCUGCUCCAGGUAUAUAGAUCCUUAUAAGGAUGUUCUUCCUGGCCUUGGCAAUGCAUAUGCAUCGGCUUGCAAAGGGAGAAUACCCACCUGAUGCUUGCUAUGAAGGAUUAUGUUCGUUUGUUCCAAUCCUUUGAAUCUUCGCUGACAAACUGUCUAUCCUGGCAGCAAUUGUGGUUAAUUCUUGGCACAUCCAGAUACCCUGAUGUGCACUCUGCAACUCUGUACUUGGCCAGUAGCAUUCAGAUACCCUGGGUAGAGACCUUUUUUUGUUUGCUUUUGGCUUCUGUUUGUGUUUGGCUGAACCCGAACCUUACGUUGUAAUUUUGUUGCUUUCUAAGCAACGAAAUUUGGGUGUGACCCUUUGUGGAAAAAAACCAAGACCUCGAGGGUGCGGUCAAGGCCAACAUAACGUUCCUGCAGCAGUGCGGCCUAUCUGUUUCUGACAUUGCCAGGCUCAUGUUGCGCGCCCCAAGGAUGUUCCUAUUGGAAACAGAGCGAGUCAAGGAAAUUGUGUUGUGUGCCGACAAGCUUGGCGUGACCGGCUUGCCACAGAUCAGGGAUGCUCAGGCAAGCCCUGGAGCCCAUCUACAACAUUAGCCCUUGGAGGAUCAGUGCAAAGUUGGAUUUCUUGAAGAAAACUCUUGGAUGCUCUGAGUCCGAGGUGCGCACUGCAGUUGGCAAGUUGCCAUCCAUUCUGGCUUUAUCAGAGGACAACCUUGGUGACACUGGAAUUCCUUAGGAUGGUGGUUGGUCUGGACACUGAAUAUAUUGUGCGCAGGCCAACAUUGUUAGGUUUUAGCAUGAAGUUCUGGUACCCCAGAAUUAUAUCCUAAAAGUUCUGAAGACAAAGGGGUUUGUUAAUAAAAAUAUUGACGUCUAUGGUGUGGUUAAGAUGUCCGAGAAGAGAUUCACAAUGAGUUUUAUAGAAUGUUACUCGGUGACUAUUUCAAGGCUGGAAGGUGCUUAUGCUGUGCUUGUGCAGGGCAAGUUCCUCCCGAAAUCCAGUAGUGAGAGCUUGGAAUGGAGAUGUUGAGUGCCCAUUCUGCCUCCAGAAAUUUAAACUAUUCUUGCUCCAGUUCGGAAUUUGUGUGAACUGAUUACUCAUGUUGUGAUUAAGCAUGUACUUUGUUUGGAAGAUCUUCAUUUGUUCUUGGUUGCAGUUUUCUUGCUUCAUGCAGCUUACUGGCUUGUGUCCAGCCUACCUGUAUAAAGAUAAAGGAUGUUUUUCUCCUAGUCUAGCUAUAGUGCAGCUAACUUAUUUGAUAGCAAAUGAAUCUUUUAGAUUUGACUGAUGUGUUGCUGUUAUGUAUUAUGGAUUCCUUAUUAUAUAUUCUCAACUUCGGCAACAGUAAUGGUAUCAUUUUUUUGUCUGAGCCUAAGGUUUCACUAUAACUCGAAUUAUAAGUGCCAUUCUGUUGAUGCUUUUUUUAACAAUAUUAGUUGCACCCCCAGGAGUUACAGAAGGGGAUUGUUUUGCCACUUGUACAGCAUGAUGCAAUAUGAAUUGCAUGGUAUGCAUAUUUGUUUCAAAAUGUAAUUCUUUUAUGUAGAAGCUUCUCCACUUCUGUUUGAACAACUGUAUGAAUCUAUAUGGAGUACUUUUUUCAUGACAUAUGGUUUGUUUAGCUUCAGCAGAAAAUGAGAACUUGGCACAACUCAUGUUCUCUUGGAGAAUCUUAUGCUUGCACUGAUAGUCUUCGGAUCAUUAGGCGCCUGACACCAAAAUGUUUAAGCCAAAGGAAGAAAUACAGUCUUUUCCCAGGGCGCCAGUGGUUGAUAUAUUAAUCUUGUAUUCUUGUUACAUGAAUUUCCAGUAAAAUCUGGUUUCAGCCUUUCAGGUCAUGUGUUUUGACCUGAUCGGUUGUCUACCGUUCCUCUCUUUGCUUGGUGAACCUUAGUACCUUACUAACCUGAACCUCAUAGCUGAUGGAUCUAAUUACAAAAUUCAUUAAUAUAUUAUCAAAUAUAGGUUUUACUACUGUUAUGGUUUAAUUACUACCUAUUAUAAACUUAUAUUGUUUUACAAUAAUUCUUCAUUUUAGGACUUUGUUACCUUUUUGCUGCUUUAGUUGACGCCAUACUUCCCAUUCCAAGGAUCUAGAAUUCUAGAGAAGAAUGCCUUUUCAUAAACUUCAAGUGCAUUUGCUUUUCAAUCGCAACAUGGCAUAUAUUAACUCGAGUGUGCUAGCAUUUCAGGGCUGUAGUUAGGCAUGGUAUGUCGACUGAGUAUUCCAUUGAAUUUUUUCAAUAUGUACUGGCACACUUGUGUUAUAUACUUGCUACUUUUUUUUUCUUUCUGAGCAGUUGCUUGAAUUUUCA